CAAAGCGUGGUGUAGCAGAGCGAUGCCGCGCUUGGACAUAAAUUGAUUUUAUUGAUUAAUCGGUUCGCGAACGUGCGACCCUGCCGUCGUCGAGCAAGGCCAAUCUCCUCUUGCGGGUUGUUGCACGUCGAUCGCGGCGAGAUUCCGUCACAAUUUUCGUGCCAGCAGCAGCAGCAGCAUCGUAUCAUCGUCGGCCAACAGUAGCAGCAUGACGACCAGCUAUUGUAGUAAAAGCAACCGCCGUCGCGUUGGCGGCACUGGCAGCAGUCGGGCGGCUAUGCUAAUCGCAUCAAUUUUGGUAUUAUCAGUCCAUUACGGUCAUGCACAGGAUUUCGGAUACGACGGUGCCAAAGGCCCAUCACACUGGGGCGAACAAUUCAACUCCUGCACUGGUAAACACCAGAGCCCGAUUAACAUCAACUCAUUGGACGUGAAGAAAGUCAACCUUCCACCGCUGAUGCUGCACGGGUUCGACAUAUCACCACGUGAAACGAAUCUGACCAACAACGGCCACACGGUGGUGGUCACGAUGGACUCGGAAGUCACACCAACCGUUGCUGGAGGACCACUCGACGGUGUGUACGAGUACUCCCAGCUGCACUUUCAUUGGGGCGAUAAUGACACCUUCGGCAGCGAGGAUAUGAUCGACAAUCAUCGAUUUCCUAUGGAGCUGCAUAUCGUGUUCUACAAGCAAGAGUACAAAAACGCCCGCACGGCAUUAAACCACCCCGAUGGGUUGACGGUGUUGGCGUUUUUCUAUGAAAUUUCCCCACAGGACAACCCAACGUACGGCGAGUUCAUCGAGCUGUUGGGCAACGUUACCGGUAGUCAUUUAUCGGCACGCUUCGACGCUCCACCAUCGCUGAAGGAUCUCAUUGCGAAGGACCUGCUGCACUACUACACGUACGAUGGUUCGUUGACGACGCCACCAUGCAGCGAGGUGGUCACGUGGAUCGACUUCAAGGAACCGAUUUUGUUGUCUCACGCACAGGUUCAAGCUUUCCGAGCACUUGAGGAUGAAGAAGGACACCCAUUGACGCACAAUUUCCGUCCUGUGCAGCCUCUAGGCGACCGGGUGGUACUAUACAACACGGAUGAGAUGAUCAAACAGAUCGAUCUCGAUGAGGAGGCUCCCACGGAGCAUGAAGGCAUCGAUACGAAUAAAAUCGAUGGCCCAAAGUCCGACGAAGCUGUGAUACCCACUAAAAAACCCGAUGGCCGCAAGCAUCCGCGGAAUGCGGCCUCUUCAUCGAUGCUUGAUCGGUGUUUAGCAAUCAUCAUUGCAAUGAUGACGAUUCUAUCGGUCAACCUUUGCUUGCCGGCUCGUUGUUGAAGAGCACCAUUUAUUCAGAUGUAAAUAUAGAGAUUAGAAUGCCAUGCACACAGUAGAAAAUAUUCCGUAGAAGUUAGUCCCAAAAAAACAAACAAUACAUUGUUACCAGAGCUAUUCGUGAACCGUGAUAAGUGUAAGAUAGACGCGAUUCAAAAUAAGUAGUACACGCAUUAAAAAAUUUCACCCAUCAUAUACAGAAUUCACUAUUUAUCAGAAAGAAAUUAUUCAGGAUAACUAGUUUAGGUUUCAUUUAACUGUUAAAUCUUACCUUUUGAUCUGGCUAAUCUGGCUGAAAUCCAGUAGAGUUUUAUUAUGUCACCAAUGGCAGCAAAUUAAAACGCAAAUUAUAUAAAACACAAUUUUUAAUAUCGAAAAGUAUUGAGUGUCGACAAAUUCACACACCUUACGUCUUAUCUCGCACCAAGCAACAUCCUUGGGACGUUUUCACUGCGAUUUAGGACAUCUUCAAUAAAGGGAACUUUCCUUGCUUGAACCUGAAAAGGUACGAACAAUCUGUAUGAUUCUGAACGCACUCUCGCAAUCGACUAUUGGCACUUUUCCGAGGAAAGGUUUAGAAAUUAUUGAAGAAUAAAAGAUGCGCAUGAUCGCAUGAACUCACCACGCCUCGAUGCACAUCGAAUUGAGACUUAUCGAAUUUCACCGCGCUGUUGCGAUUGUCACGUCCCGUAGGCUCUCCUUCAUUGCAAGUCGUUUUGGUUGGCACAAGCUGAAGGUUAUAAUGACGGCAGUCGUCCGAUAGCCACGUGCGCUCGUGACCCUCGUAGUGGAGUAUAGUUUCAAGCCAUCGAAGCGGUACCGUUUGCACUCGGCUCUGAUAGGCCACAGAAAAUUGCUGUAAGAUUCGGCGCCGGAGUGCUGGAAGCUGUAGUGUUGCCACGGCGGCUUCCAGCGGAGCAUACUGCUUAAUUUGUUGUAACGC